AUGGAUCUCAUCCUUGAUGGGUUGAAUUCUGCGCAGCGCCUGGCUGUAACAUCGCCAGAUCCCAUCCUCCAGGUCCUGGCGCCUCCGGGGUCCGGCAAGACCAAGACCCUCACGGCACGCGUCGCGUAUCUCCUCUCCCACCACGGGUACUUGCCUCAGGAUGUCAUCUGUUGUACGUUUACGAUCAAAGCCAGCCGGGAGAUGCGGGAGCGGCUCUCCAAAUUGGUUGGUGAGCGUGUCCAGUCGCGGCUUAUUCUGGGUACCUUUCAUUCGAUAUGCCGGCGGUAUCUUGUCAAGUAUGGGUAUCUGAUCGGGUUGAAGAAGGGGUUCGGGAUUGCGGACUCGGAUGAUACCCGGGCUAUUCUGAGGCGAAUCAUCAAACGGCUGAAUGCCAGUAUCGAAGUCAAGGCUGCCCAGGGCCGUAUAUCACGCCAUAAAGCCCACGGGCUCGCGCCGGAUGACCUUGCCGAGAGGGCUAAAGCGGAAGAAAUGGAAUUGGUCGAUGUUUACCGCCAGUACGAAUUGGCCCUUUCGGCGUCCAAUCUCUUGGACUACGACGAUCUGCUGCUGCGCUGUGCGCAACUGCUCAGAGAACACCCCAAAUGCGUCUCCAACGUGCAGGCGGUUCUCGUGGAUGAAUUCCAAGACACCAAUGUCAUCCAAUACGAGCUGAUGAAUCUCCUGGCGGCUCAAAACAGGCGCAUCACUAUCGUGGGGGAUCCGGACCAGAGCAUCUACGGGUUCAGGUCUGCGGAGAUUCAGAACCUCAAGCGCAUGCAAAAGCGAUAUUCUAAUACGUCAGUGGUUCUCCUGGAAUCGAAUUAUCGGUCCUCGGCCGCGAUCUUGAAUUCUGCCCAGGAGGUCAUUGAGCAGGAUACGACGAGGCCGGAUAAGAAGUUGCAGGCAACUCAUUCCUACGGUACAAUGCCUGUCCUGCGAAAGCUACCUCAUGCAAAUGCAGAGGCGCAGUGGAUGGUCAUGGAGAUUAAACGAUGUGUGGCGAUGACGGGCGGUGUUCUACGUAUGUCUGACUUUGCAGUCUUGCUACGAUCCGCGUCGCUCUCCACACGGAUUGAAUCAGCGUUCGGGCGGGCGGGGAUCCCGUACAAGAUGGUCGGAGGGCGAAAGUUCUUCGACCGGACUGAGGUCAAGACACUGUUGAAUUAUCUGCGCGUAGUAAGCCAUUCAGAACACAACGAUGCACUACUUGGCAUCAUCAAUGUGCCGCCGCGAAGAAUCGGCGAGGAGACAAUCAAGCAGUUGACUGCAGGCGCUGAGAAAGCGAAGGUUCCACUAUGGACAUUCAUGAAAGAUGUCAUCCAAGGGCGCCGCUCAACCGAAAAAAAGUUGCAGAAAGCCGCAGAGCAAGGGCUGUGCUCUCUGAUGAGAUUAAUUGAAGCAGCCAAGCAAAAGCUGCAAGAGUGUGAGGAUGCAUCUGCUCCACGCGUCUUACUGGAGCAUAUCACGGAGGGUCUGUCAUUCCAAGAGUACCUCAUCAGAACGUAUCCGCUGGACGAAGAUGGUCGCUGGGCGAACGUCACCGAACUGAUGGGCCAAGCUAGUGACGCUGCUGCGGCUACCGGAGACCCAGGUCAGGAGGAGGAUCUUCCGGAGAUUGAAGGCGUGGAGCAACAAAGAGCACACGCGGGAGAAGAGGCUUUAUCACGAUUCUUGGCAAACGUUGCUCUCGCAACUGAGGCGGCUAAACAGGACGAAGGGGAGGAGGCCGGCGAAACAGUCACUAUUUCCACCAUUCAUGCCGCCAAAGGGUUAGAGUGGCCCGUUGUUUUUAUCCCAGCGGUAUACAAUGGGAGUAUCCCUCAUUCGCGGGCAGAAGUAGUCGAUGAAGAGCGGCGGCUUCUUUAUGUGGCUAUGACUCGUGCACAAGCCUUAUUAUACCUCAGCCUGCCACUACGGCAACCCCGAAUGGGCGAAGGAGAGGACGCCUCAACGACACUCACACAAUUCCUCACGCAAAAGCUGGUCAAGACUCGAUUUCGACCAUUAGGGCCUCAAUUGCUUGAGAAGGUAGUCUACUCUAUUGCGGAUAUCCUGCGCCGGCCGCGUCCGGCUCUCGAGGAUAUGUACAAGUCGUUAGAAACCCUUCCUUCGACCCUGGACGAUCAAUGGACCGCGGAUGGCGAGGAAAGGCGUGAAGCAAACACGGAAUGGAACACAUUCACAGGGAAUGACUCCUCUGACGAGCCAAAUCCAAAGAGACGGCGUGCACGCAACAAUCCACCCAUGGCCACCACCUUCAUGGCUGCGGGAAAUGCGAUGGCCAACACCAGUGCGUCCAACUUCAUAGUCUCUACGACACUUUCUUCGGGCUUCACCUCCGCUCGUGACCUUGCGGCAACCGCGCCAGCUGACUCGGCACUCACGGCGGGGAGAUCCCAGCUACCAGCUGACGCGAGGGCGCCACCGACAAAGGCGAAAAGCACUGACCGCAAAGACGGGCUUACGCAGGCCAAUAUCUCGAACUUUUUCGGGGGCUCGGGAUUGUCGCAGAAGAGAGAGUCCCCGGUGGCCACGAGUCAAGGCCUAACCUGGCCAGCCCAACGGAGCCACCGGACGACUCCCCAGGCCCCUCCAGCCCCCAGUGCAGUCCCGCAGGCUCUCUCCUCUCACCGUCUCCCGCCACGCCCGCUUCACCCUACCCGGCCGCCUCUAGAACCGGCUGAGCCUAGCAAUUACACGUGGAUGGCGGCUCCAUCGCGACCUGCCGUGAAACCCGCUCGAAUGAUGAGCCAGCGGCCGAGUGGAAACAGCGUAGCGGACGCAGGGACCGGGCCGGAAGUGAAACAGGGGAGCUCCACCGCUGGCGUCCAAUCCGUGAUGUUUCAUAAGACCACUCUGGAGACCGUUCGUCAGCAAGCCCCGGCGUCGGGGCGACGGACGCUGGGCAUCCGGCGGAGUAUGAAUGGAUGGGAGGAGCGGAUGAAGAAAGAGGGCGGUGGCCAAGUCCGUUGA